AUGGAAGGUAACCCAACUCCACCCCGUCCAAUGACUGGUGUGCCCGGCGACCGCAAGAUAGCGGCAGCCAUUGGCCAGAAGACGACGAUACCUGGGACCAGCGGUGCCCCUGAUCCCACGGUAAGGCGGCCUAUUACCAAGUCCAUACCACUGCGGAUCAUCACCCAGAACCUGGCGGCGCUGUCCAUCGGCAAGAAGCGACCGCUAGAUGACCUAGCCGCCUCCGUCGAGGCGUGCGGUCUCAGCGGCGACGAGCCGGACCGCCGUGUGGUGGCCAAGAAGUUGUGUGGGGGGCUCUGUGGCGGCGACAGCAUCGACUCGGACGAGUUGGUGGCGAUGUGGAUGGAGGGGAGGGCGCACUCGUGUCACAGCGUGCGGAAUGGGCUACGGGCGCCGCCGCCGUCGCCGAUCUUUGUGUUUGAUGACACGAGCAGUGAUACGAGCAGCGAGGAGGCGGGCAGCGGCGAAGCGAGCGACAGCUGGGAGACGGUUGAGGAGAGCGGCGCGGGGGGGGAUGGCGACGAGGUGCGCAGUGGGGGGGGCAAGGAUAGCGACUGCAAUGAUGGUUCGUAUGAGCCUAGUGAGGCGAGCACCGAGAGCGAUGAGGGCAGCGAAUGGGACAGCGAUGAUUGGGAAGGAGAUCUGGAUUUUUUGAGGAAUGUCGGGUGGUGGAACAACCAUAUGGAAGCGCCCACCUUCAAGUUUGUGAAACUGGGCAUCAAAGGUGAGGCCGUGGGUCAGAACUUCCCGCCCAUUCCAACUUUCGUCCGCUGUUCUCUCUGCUUAGAUACUCAGUUGUCUAUCCUUGGCCUGCCCAUCUUCAAGCCCAUCUACCACGAUGACAUUCGCCACCUCAAGCCUGGUGUUAUUCUGAUAUGUGGCCAUAUGUUCUGCAAAGCCUGCUGGACAAGGUACGUGGAAGACUACCAUGACUCGAUCGUCGAUCGUGACGAUGACGGUGCUCUUGAGCAGAUAGAGGGUAGCCCCCACGAGGAGGACGACAUAAAGAUGUCGUAUGAUGAUGAUCCGUGCGACGAAACAGAGGACGGAGAGGCUUUAGAGGAAGCAGAGGAAGAUGAGAAAGAAGAUGGGGAAGCAGAAGACGAGGAGAGGGAAGAAGAAGAGGGGGAAGAAGAGGAGGGGGAGGAAGAAGAAGGAGUAGAAGAAGAAGAGGGGGAAGAAGAGGAUGAUGAUCAUGAUGAUGAUCAUGAUGAAGAAGGAGAGCAGCUUCCUCCCUGCUUGUCCUGUCCUAUUUGCCAUUAUGGGCUGGUUUAUAGCAAUGGUUUCUUUCAAAGCAAGGACUGGAACAUGUAA